AUGGGCUGCAGCACAUCAAUCAAAACAGUAAGUUCUGCCAAUUCCCCUAUUCCUAUUCCUGCCGAAAUAAACUCACCCGCACAUCCUCAACUUUCUCAAGACUCCGUCACGAACGAAGAAAAUUCCCCUAUUCCUAAUCCUGCCGAAAUAAACUCACCCACACAUCCUCAACGUUCUCAAGACUCCGUCACGAACGAACAAAAAGGCCAACAACGUGCGCAAGCACAAGAUCUUGUGCAAGAUUAUCUUCUACUUUGGCUUGAUGGCAACUUGGAUGAGUCAAACGAAGAUUUUCGCAAUUCAAUUAAGCGAUUGCGCCUGACUGUCGAUACUAUUGAGACAUUUCGUGAUGCUGAUGAAUGUCUUAAAUAUAUUUCAAGUUUCAAAAAUGAAAAAGCUUUCCUCAUUGUAUCUGGGGCUCUUACGAAGAAUGUCGUACCACGUACUCACGUCAUGCCUCAAAUUUAUGCAAUCUAUAUAUUUUGUCGCGAACGAUUGAAGUACGAACAAUGGGCAACGAAAGAGUGGCCCAAAGUAAGAGGUGUUUUCACGAAUAUUGACUCCAUUUGCACCUCGGUUCGACAAGCAGCUCGAGGAUACGACGAUGAUGCUGUUGGAAUUACUGGUGAAAUAGAAUCAUCAUUUAUGUAUACAACACUUUUCAAAGAAAUCGUACUUGAAAUUAACUUCGACGAAAAAAUAGGUAUUCCAGAUCUUGCCAAUUAUGCUCGUCAGCAAGAGGCUAAAAUAACCUUUAAAAUUGUACCAUCUUCACUUCAUGGUAGUGGCCAUAAAUAUUCAAUUGAAUUUGAUGAAACAAUUUUUGUUCAUAAUGAUUAUCCUUGUGGUAUAUCUGGACGUGUAUAUGAGACUUUAUCAAUAAUCGAAUCAAUUAUUAUUAAUGUUGGUAAAAUUCUAACACAAGGCUCUGCAUAUAUGUGA